AGAUGGUUCCUUCAAGGCUUGUGAUCCAUACUGUAUGAAAGGUUAGACCCGUACAAUCCUCCCCACCAAUUGGUAAUUAUUUUUGAUGCCGACAAGGGGAUUCGAGAAGCCGUUCGAGAAUAUUUCCCUGAAGCAAUUCACUCACAAUGCGUUCUGCACCUAGUUGAAAAUUUUAGAACAAAGCUAAAGGAUUUGGGAAUGAAAGCAAAGGACACACAAGUUUUGGGGAGUUUGCUCCAAUCUGCUUGCUAUAAAUACACUAUAGCGGAAUGGAACGACUACAUGAAGGAAAUUUAUGAGAUGGCUCCAGUCGCAUAUGAGAUUGUACUCUGUUAUUCGCCAGAGAAUUGGGCGAAUGCAUUCUUCCCUGGCAUCAGAUAUGGUCAUGUAACCUCUAAUGUUGCAGAAUCCUUUAACAGCUGGAUACGUGAAGCUCGAUUGUUACGUAUCCUGCAAAUGGUAGAGCAUAUCCGAAAACAAAUUAUGAGUCGCCUGAACAAUAGACGGAUUAUGGCUGAUAAGUGGACAAGCUAUCUGUGCCCUAAAGCUGAGCAGAUUGUUAGAGAAAAUAUGGAAAGAUGACGUACUUUAGAGAUUAAACAAUCAAGAGAUGAUAUAUUCGAAGUGAAGUCACAUAGAACUACUCACGUUGAUUUGGAGAAGAGGACGUGCACUUGCCGAGCUUGGGACGUAACCCGUAUUCCUUGUGUGCAUGCUUGUGCAGUCAUUAUUUAUAUGAAAAGAGACGUAUAUCAAUAUUGUGAUUGGUUCAUGUCCGUAGAAGCGUUUAAGAAGAGCUACGAUGAAAUAUUAUAUCCCAUCCCAGAUUAUGAGAAGCGGAGUGUGUCCAGGGAUAAAAUACAGAUUUUGCCACCAAUUACCACUAAGAGGAGGGGAAGAAAUAAAACAAGACGCAUAAACAACAGAACCAUUUACAAACGUCCAGUCAAAUGUUCUCGGUGCAAAGUUGAUGGUCACAAUCGAGCAACCUGUAACGAGCCCAUCUGGUGACUAGUGUGUUUCUGCUUCUUACAACAAUACUUUUGUAUGAGACAGCAAAGGUUGUUUUUAAGUGGUUAAGUAUAUAG